UUCAUUCCGAAAAUGGCGGCCGUACAGGGUAAUAUGGUCGACGCGAAAGACGAAGCAGAUAUUAAAGCAGAACCGGUGAGCGAUGGCUUCGGGAAUAAUCACGCCAACGACGCAAGACUGCUCUCCGCGUCCCCUGGCUCCAGCGCUGCGGCUGGAAACAGCAAACCAGCGGCGGGAGCCCCCGAGGACCAGCAGACGCUGCUGGCUGUGCUGCAGUUCCUCAGAAAGAACAAACUGUCAGAGUCCGCGGAAAUUCUGCGUCGUGAGGCAGGGUUGCCGGAGGAGGUUCUGGAUCUGAAGGGGGGUGACUCCGCCGGUCCUGGGCAGGGAGGUAGUGCGGACACAGACGGUGGGGAUGCGAGCUCUUUACUCAGCAGGGUGACCGUCUCUACCCCCGGCGGAGCAAAGGCGCCAACGAAAGCAGCUGGGGAGGAUCAACCAGAUGUCAAUGUGGUGCUGUCAGCCUACAGCCAGCAGGGAGAUCCAGCUCUGUAUGAAGUUUAUUACAGCGGUCUGAAGAAGUUUAUCGAGUCAGUUCUGGACUGUCACAGAGCGGAACUGUCUCAGGUCUUCUACCCUUUGUUUGUCCACAUGUACCUGGAACUGGUCUACAACAAUCACGAAAGCGUGGCCAAGGCCUUCUUUGAAAAGUUCAGUGGGGACCAGGAAUGCUAUUACGAAGAGGACUUACGUGUUUUGUCAAGCUUGACGAAGAAGGCGCACAUGAGAGGAAAUGAAACUCUUCUGGAUUUCCGCACCAGCAAGUUUGUUUUACGCAUCUCCCGCGACUCCUACCAGCUGCUAAAGAGGCACCUGCAGGAGCGCCAGAACAACCAGAUAUGGAAUAUAAUCCAAGAGCACCUCUACAUCGACAUCUUCGAUGGCAUGCCGCGCAGCAAGAGCCAGAUUGAUGCCAUGUCAGGCAGCUUGCCUGGAGAGGCCAAACGAGAAGCAAAUAAGGCCAAGGUUUACUAUGGCCUGCUGAAGGAGCCAGAAAUUGAGCUUCCCCUUGACGAUGAGGAUGAGGAAGCAGAGAAUGAGGAGGGUAAACCCAAGAAGAAAAAGCCCAAAAAGGACAGCACCGGCUCCAAAAGCAAGAAGCAGGAUCCAAAUGCUCCUUCACAGACUAGGAUACCUCUACCAGAACUAAAAGACUCAGACAAGCUGGACAAGAUCAUGUACAUGAAGGAGGCCACCAAGAGAAUUCGUUUGGCACCAGAUAACCUCCCCUCCAUCUGCUUCUACACUUUUCUCAACGCAUACCAGGGUCUAACUGCAGUUGACGUUACGGAUGACUCCAGCCUGAUUGCAGGGGGCUUUGCGGACUCUACGGUACGGGUGUGGAGCGUCACGCCGAAGAAGCUUCGCAAGGUCAAGACUGCAGCAGACUUGAAUCUGAUUGACAAAGAGUCAGACGAUGUGCUUGAGAGGAUUAUGGACGAUAAGACGGCCAGUGAGUCAAAGUGCCUUUAUGGACACAGCGGACCGGUGUAUGGCAUUAGCUUCAGCCCAGACAGAACCUACCUGUUGUCAAGUUCUGAAGAUGGUACCGUCAGGUUGUGGAGCCUUCUAACAUUCACCUGCCUGGUGGGAUACAAAGGCCACAAUUAUCCAGUGUGGGACACACAGUUCUCCCCUUAUGGAUACUAUUUUGUCUCAGGGGGACACGACCGGGUCGCCCGCUUGUGGGCGACAGAUCACCACCAGCCACUGCGGAUGUUCGCCGGUCACCUGGCUGACGUCACUUGCACUCGUUUCCACCCCAACGCAAAUUAUGUGGCCACAGGCUCGUCUGACCGCACCAUCCGUCUGUGGGACGUCCUCAACGGAAACUGCGCCCGUAUUUUCACUGGUCACAAGGGUCCCAUCCAUGCACUGGCUUUUUCUCCUAAUGGGAAGUUUCUGGCCUCAGGAGCCACUGACGGGAGAGUCCUUUUAUGGGACAUCGGUCAUGGACUGAUGGUUGGAGAGCUCAAAGGCCACACAGAUACCAUCUAUUCCCUCAGAUUCAGCAGGGAUGGAGAGAUCCUCGCCUCCGGUUCUAUGGACAACACGGUUCGUCUGUGGGAUGCAAUGAAAGCAUUUGAUGAUUUAGAGACUGAUGACUUCACUACAGCUACGGGACACAUUCAUUUACAGGAUAACUCCCAGGAGCUUUUGUUAGGCACCUACAUGACUAAAUCGACGCCUGUAAUACACCUUCACUUCACACGCAGGAACCUGCUUUUGGCUGCAGGAGCUUAUAAUCCAUAACAGCAAUGGACAAUGGGGUCAUUUGAAGAUCUACAUCUUUAACCUCCGAGUUGGACAAAUAAACCACAUUAUUAGUUCAUUUUUGGCUAACAUACAGAAUGAAGUAGUAGUAACUGGUUUACAAAUCAGGUUCCCAGAGCAAGGCUAACUGUUGCAGUUGUAAACUGCCCCAUGGACCUUUUUCAUGUAAUAAUAUGUCACUGCCAUGACUUCACAGUUUACCUCAAAACAUGGUUUUCAUCUUUGUAACAUAUGCUUUUAUACUGAUGCACACUGUAAAUAAAACAAAGUGUUUUCUA